AUCAUAUCUAGACUGAACAAAUGAGCAGGAUCGUUAAUGAGCUGGAUUCUAUCCACUUCUCAAUCCAGAAAGCAUCUAAACUGGUCAAAGAAAUUGGCAGGCAGGUUGCUACUGAUAAAUGCAUUAUGGCAUUGUUGUUUCUUAUUGUCAUUGGAGUUAUAGCCAUCAUAAUCGUGAAGAUUGUGAAUCCAAACAACAAGGACAUCCGUGAUAUCCCGGGAUUAGCACCACCUGCAAUGAACCGACGGCUACUUUGGACUCCGAAUUGAAGAGUUAGAAUGGACCACCUGAUGACAUGUCAGGACUAUUUGUAAUGUAGAAUCAU